GUGUAACAUGAUACUCGAUAAACCCUUUCUUAAAACCCUGUUUCUCUUGUUCUUCAGUUGUUCUCUUUUCCCUCUGUUAUGUUAUUAUGGCGGUGGACAAGGAAAAGCUUGAGGAAGAAUCUGUAAUCCGUCGCUUCUACCAGAUUAUUCUUAGUUGGGACUACUUUCGUCUCAUUAAGGAAUCCAAGCAGGAGCAGAAAAACAGAGGGGAAAAAGAGACCGCUAUUGGGUCAGCAUCGAGACUCGUCAAGGUGAAGAGUCAAUACAAAGACGUUGAUGAUUAUAUUUCCACCUACGAACCCCUCAUUUUUGAAGAAGCCAAAUCCCAGAUCAUUAAAGAGAAAGAGGACGAAGAGGUGACUGAAUGGAAGCUGGGGGUGGUAAAAAGUUGCAGCGAGGCGGAUGGAUUUCAUUUUAUAGAAUUUCCUUGUGAAAUCAAGGAGGGAGAAUCAAUAUCGCAGAAUGAUCUUUUGCUGCUUUCAAAAGGCAAGUUUUUGGAUGGAAAAAGAUUACCCACUGUGUAUGCAUUUGCUUUGGUGGAAAACGUACGAAAAUUUUCUGAUGCACGGCUUGUUCGAGUUAGACUCUAUUUAGCUGGAGAGUUCUUGCAUUUUAAUACAGAUAAUGUACAAUCUUGCCCAAGGCUGUUUAAUAUGCGUUCUCAUAUAUGCGAGACAGAGAGACAGCUGUAUUUUAUGAAGAUGUGCAGUUUAUCCACCAUUGCUCGUGAGUAUUUGGCUGUACGAACCAUAAGCUUUCUCCCAUACAAGGAUAUAAUAUUAAAUGCUGCUGGAGAUAGUUUUGCUACCGAAGUUGGGGGUUGGAAAAUCCCAAUACCUUUGAAGGAAUACGUUGAAAGUACUUUCAAUCAAUAUCAGCGCGAGGCCAUAACUGCUGGUCUGUCUUCAAAAGCCUUUGUCCUGAUACAGGGGCCCCCAGGGACUGGGAAGACUCAAACCAUACUUGGGCUUCUAAGUACCAUUUUGCAUUCAACUCCAACAAGAGUGCAUUCAAAGAGCAGGACCUACGAGCUAAAGCGGGGGCCACAAUUACCAAUUGAGGAGAAAUACAAACAUUGGGGACUGGCGUCUCCAUGGUUUAAUGGUAUUAAUCCAAGGGAUAGUUUGAUGCCGAAAGAUGGUGAUGAUGGCUUUUUCCCAACUACUGGAAAUGAAUUAAAACCUGAAGCUAUAACUUCAAGUCGUAAGUAUCGUGUAAGAGUGCUAGUAUGUGCCCCAUCAAACUCUGCCUUGGAUGAGAUUGUGUUGCGGGUUCUCAAUGGAGGUGUCCAUGAUGAAAACGACCAUGCUUACUGCCCUAAAAUUGUACGGAUUGGUCUCAAAUCACAUCAUUCUAUCAAGUCUGUUGCUCUGGACGAACUUGUCAAACAAAAACGCGCUAAUGCCAACAAAUCAUCCACUGAUAAGCAGAGUAGUGGUCCUGCAGGAAGUAAUGAUGACAGUAUCCGGGCUGCCAUUUUGGACGAGGCCACAAUAGUCUUCUCCACUCUCAGCUUCAGUGGUUCACAUGUUUUCAGUAAACUAAGUCGCAGUUUUGAUGUUGUGAUUAUAGAUGAAGCAGCACAAGCUGUGGAACCUGCAACUCUUGUUCCCUUAGCCAAUCAAUGCAAAAAAGUUUUCCUGGUUGGUGAUCCAGCUCAACUCCCUGCAACUGUAAUUUCGGACAUUGCUAAGAAUCAUGGAUAUGGCACAAGUUUAUUUGAAAGAUUGAAGCAGGCUGGUUAUCCGGUUAAAAUGUUGAAGACCCAAUACCGAAUGCAUCCUGAGAUAAGAAGCUUUCCCUCUAGGGAGUUUUAUGGGGAUUCAUUGGAAGAUGGGGAUGACAUCAAAUUACGAACAGGGCGUGCAUGGCAUGAGUACCGCUGCUUUGGUCCAUUCUGCUUCUUUGACAUACAUGAGGGAAGAGAGGCUCGGCCAUCUGGGAGUGGUUCAUGGAUAAAUGUUGAGGAAGUUGAUUUUGUCCUAUUCUUGUAUCAAAAACUUGUAACGCUUUAUCCAACAUUGGAGUCAGGUAACCAAGUUGCAAUUAUAUCACCCUAUAGUCAACAAGUCAAGCUGUUCCAAAAACGUUUUGAAGAAACUUUCGGAGUGUCAGCAGAGAAAAAAGUGGAUAUAUGUACUGUUGAUGGUUGUCAGGGACGUGAAAAGGACAUUGCAAUAUUUUCUUGUGUCAGGGCAAGUAAAGAUAGAGGUAUAGGGUUUGUGGAGGACAUCAGAAGAAUGAAUGUUGGGAUCACUAGAGCAAAAUCUGCAGUGUUGGUGGUUGGAUCUGCCUCAACAUUGAGGAGGAGUGAACAAUGGAACAAGCUGGUGGAAAGUGCUGAGAAGAGGGACUGUUUAUUCAAAGUUUCCAAACCGUAUUCCUCAUUCUUCAGUGAUGAAAGUCUGACAUCCAUGCAAGCAAAGAAGGAUGAACCAUCGCAGGGGACGGUACCCGCUGAUGCGGUAGAGAAUGAUGCACCGCUUAACAACGCUGCAGCAGAUGAUCAAGUGCAACCUGAGGACCAUGAGUAUGGAGAUGGUGAUGCUGACAUGGAUGAUGCAGGUUACGAUGAUGAUUAAGGUUAGUUGCUAGAUAGUUGUAUAGUUGAGCAGACAAGUGCUAUUUAUGAUAUUUUUCAUGUUAUGAGAAGGACAAGGAAAAUCAUAUCCCGCAGCAAGUUUGAAUACGGAGAAACAAAUGAUAGUAUGUCAUCUUUAAUGCAGAAAAAGAGUAUUGUAAGUAGCUUCCCAUCCCCUGCUUCUAAGCGUCUUAGGUGAUCCUUUUCAAACUUGAUUUUAAUUUUGAUUUUGUACAAUAAAAUUUUGUUAAAAGUGGGUUUCAAAUUAAUGACCAAAAUUUGGUGUAAUACUUUUUAUUCUUGCAUUGGUGUAAUACUUAUAAGUCUUACU